AUGACCCAGAUCACCCAGGAGCCCGUCCGCCAAACCCCGAUGAAAGCCGCCGCGUCUAACCCCGCUCCUCUCCCUCUGGCUGACGGGCACAGUGAGCAGACCGGCGCCGGCGCGAUGAAUGCGCAGGUUGUUACUUCUCAGCCGAAGCCCCUCAACCCCAUGAGCACCGAGGACCCCGAGCUCACUCUUCGCGGCGGCGAUCUCUACUGUGGCUUCUCCCGCGGCUGCUGCGGCUUCACUUGCUCGUGGUAUAAGCGCUGCUGCUAA